AUGGCACCUAAACGUAGAACAAGGGAAACAGUUAGAGAAGAAAUGCAAGCAGAGAGAGAGGGGAGUAGUCAAACUGCUCCAGCGGCGCCAAUUCCGCCUGUGACCCAAGUGGAUGAAAAGGCAAUAGAAGCUCGAAUUAGUGAAGCUGUUGCAACUGCUCUAAUGGGGAAACUAAUUCUUGAACUUGAAGCAGGCCAUUAUGUCGGUGGAGAAUACGAGCAAGAGUUCGAUAAGUUUUCUUAUUUUGCUCCUGAGCUAGUGGCCAUCGAGGUAGCAAGGACCGAGAGAUUUAUCCAGGGUCUGAGGAGCGGGCUGCGAGGGAUGGUGCAUGCCUUGGAUCUCAAGACGUAUGUUGCUGUGCUGCGAGCCGUUGUGAGGAUUGAUGCCGACUCCCAGGGGGAGAGGAAUACAGGAGGUCACUUGGGAUUGGGACCUCCACAGGAUGGGAAUGGCAGGGAGGAUAGACCAAUAUGCACCACUUGCAGUAAGCAACACUGUGGACGUUGUUUAGCCGGCUCUGGGAUUUGUUUCCGAUGUGGCCAGAAGGGUCAUAUGGCAGAUAGAUGCCCAAGGAGGAAUGUGCCUGAGCAUAGAAGCCAGCCUCCAUUUGCAUUGUCUAUUUCCACUCCAUCAGGAGAGAUCAUGUUAGCUACAGAAAAGAUAAAAGCAUGUCAGGUAGAGGUAGCCAAUCGCGCAUUAGAUGUAACCUUGAUAAUUUUAGAUAUGCACGAUUUUGAUGUUAUAUUAGGCAUGGAUUGGUUAGCUGCUAACCAUGCCAACAUAGAUUGCUCCCGUAAAGAGGUCAUCUUUAAUCCUCCUACAGGAGCUAGUUUUAAGUUUAAAGGGGUUGGGACCGUAGUCCUACUCAAGGUGAUAUCCAUAUUGAAGGCCAGUGGGCUAUUCGACCAAGGAGCCUGGGGUUUUAUGGCCAGUGUGGUGGACACCAAGGAGAAUGAAGUUACCUUGACUUCGGAGCCAGUAGUGAGGGAUUUUCCAGAUGUGUUUCCAGAAGAUCUUCCCAGACUGCCCCCGCAGCGGGAGAUAGAUUUUGCCAUUGAAUUGAAGCCAGGCACAACCCCUAUUUCGAGGGCUUCGUACAGGAUGGCCCCGGCAGAGUUGAAGGAACUGAAGGUCUAA